AUGGCGAAACAGCUGUCGGCGCAGCUAUCUCACAAAAGCGCAUUAGUACUGCUGCCUCCGUCACGCAUCACUGCGCCAAUCGAAGCAGUACGACGUGUCUACGACAAGCAGUUUCUACGAUGGCCUCCGCAUAUCAACUUGCUGUACCCUUUUCUAGCAUCACCCUCCGAGUCUGGCAAACUCAAGCACGACAUUCACAUCCGAAUUGAACAAGUAGCCCGCACCAUACCCCCUUUUCAUAUGUCACUCGAGUCGGACCAACCCGGUGUCUUUCACCAUAACCUCAAGAACAAGACCGUUUGGCUGGGCCCCACCACUUACAGUAAUAUCCGAGAGCUUCAGGCAGCUUUACACUCCAAAUUCUCUGUAAAUGGAGUUGACCGAGACCGCCGGCCUUUCAUGCCCCAUCUUUCUGUAGGAAAAGCACAAAGCCAGGGUGGCGUAGACAAGAUCAGCGUAGAGAUUGCAAAGAGCAUUUCCGAGUUCCUCACACACAAUGCAGAAAAAGAUGACAAACCCACUGCCCUGGAUUGGUAUGUCGAUAGAGUUCAUGUUCUUGAACGCAAAGAUGAAAAGGAUCGCUUCAAGAUUAUUGGCACUAUAUCAUUAGGGGAACCUUACACAGGGGUGGAGCAGGCGACAAAUUGA